AUGCCGCCGUUGUUCCCCACGGGGCCUUCUCCCUUAUCCUCUCUCCCUUCGCGGCCGCUGCGCGCCCCAAGCGUACCACCACCCCGUACACGCUCGAGACGACUCCACGAUCCCCUCCCCCCCACUUCUCCUCUCCUCCACCCUCAAGUGAUGCCGCCGAAGAACAAACCUUGCGACAUCCUCCAGAAUAUUAUCGACGCCUCCUUCCCCGCCAUCCGCCUCCAGGACGAUGUUCCUGAAUCCUCGCUCACCAAGGAGGUUAUCAACGACUUCCUCAAAGACAGCCCCACCCCCCGCUUUGUUGGUGUAGCCCCCGUCUACUCGGAGAAGGGCUCCCUCUGCCGCCUAGCUCUCGCGGUGAGUGGCAAGGUCAUCAUCGUGCAAUUCGCCGCGAAGGGCAAGGGCAGCAAGGCCUACGCGGGUCGCGAGUUCCUCGACAGCGAACUCCUCCACAACCCUGACGUCACGAUCGUUGGAUUCGACUUCUACAAGGUCGCGGUGGUCCUCUUCACGGACCAGUCCCUGCGCGUCCUCAACGGCGUCGACCUGAACAGCGCUUGUGGCAAGCAGAGCAAUGAUGCGCUCGGGACCAUCCAAUCCGCGAUCCGCGAUCGCUCUCCGGUCAUGGAGGUCAACGUCAACCCCCUGUUCUCUUCGAACACCUUCGAUGCGAAGCGCAUUACCAAUAUCGCCAUUCAGGCAUGGCUUGCCUACACCCUCAGCACCUACGACACAAUGGAAGAGAUGCUGAGGAGUGCACCACACAUCAACACGAAGGAUAUGAAUGAUGUAGAGCUACAAUGUCUCGCCGAUCUCGACCGUGGUGAGCAACGCCUGCAGCUCGUCCAGGGGACCUCGGUCAGGCACGACUUCUCCGCUGCGGGCUCCCGAGGUGAGACUGCGCAUCUCCGCGCGGACCGCUUCCAAACUCGCUUCCAAAAGGAAACGGCAAGUGCACUCCCAAUUACACAGCGGGUGAUGGCACAUGACCAUGAAACGGGCCUCGACAUCGUCAUUCCGGGGCAGGUCAGCUCCAUCAUCGGGCGCAACACUAUCAUCAAGACCACGACUAAUCUCGAGAAUCGCACCAUUCUCUCGGUCACUACGCAUGGUCCUGUGCAGCCAACAAAUGCCGAGCGCGAGCGGGCUUACAUGAUCCGCUCUGCACUCCAAGGACAAACUGAUGCCUUGAGCUCUCCCUUCCUUCAGUACAUCAUGCGGCCCUCUGAAACCUUCACAUGGCCUGACACUUUCCCUACUUCUGAUGUCAUACCCGACAUUGUCUCCAAGAGGUCUCUCAAUCAUUCACAGGAAUGUGCUGUUCAGCAAAUGCUUGCAGACAUGGACUCUGCUCGUCUAACCAUAAUCAAAGGUCCUCCUGGAACAGGCAAAACCACUGUGAUUGCUGCUUUUGUUGCCUCUGCUGUUUCUGCUGGCCAGAAUGGGAUCUGGCUUGUGGCUGAGAGCAACUUUGCUGUCAAGAAUAUUGCAGAGAAGUUGGCAGAUGUUGGCUUCUGGAACUUCAGGCUCCUCAUCAGCAAAGAAUUCCACUUUGGCUGGCAUGAUCAUCUCUAUAAGCAGAUCCAGAAGAAUGUCAUCUCCAGCAUUGAGUUCAAGCAGGCUAGAUCUCGCAUUCAAGGUGUUCCUGUCAUGCUAUGCACUCUCUCAAUGCUCUCAAACAAGCUCCUUCACAUCUUCACCAAUGUCAACCCUGUCAAAGCCCUAGUCAUUGAUGAGGCCAGUCAGAUUACUCUGGGCAGCUAUGUGUUCCCUUUCAACAGGUUUGCCACUACCAUCCACAAGAUUGCUAUGAUUGGAGAUGACAAACAGUUGCCCCCUUAUGGUGCUGACAAUGACCCUGACACCAUCAAGAGCAUCUUUGAGGUUGAGCACCUCCAUCCCCACAUCCUCUUUCUUGCCAUUCAAUAUCGCAUGCCUUCACUCAUUGGAGAAGUGGUGUCUGAUGUCAACUAUGAUGGUCAACUUGACUCCUGGACAGACCAUCCAGUCCCUCCCUCCCAGCCUUGUUGCUGGUUUGUUCAUGUUGAUGAGUCUCAGGAGAGCAAGUGGGAUACUAGCUGGCAGAAUGUCAAAGAGAGGGCUGCAGUCAUUAAAAUUGCUGCUAAGCUCCAGGCAGAGGAAAAGAAUUUCUGCAUCAUUACACCCUAUGAUGCCCAGAGGACCUUGCUGGUGACAGACCUCAAAGCUGCUGGGCUCCAGCAUGAGGACAAGUGCUUCAAUGUGGACUCCUUCCAAGGAAAUGAGAGAGACUAUGUCAUUGUCUCGAUAAGGGGCAUGUACAUUGUCACCUCCUGGGACUUUGUGGAGAAGAAGGCUAGUCACACCCUGGUUGGAAGGAUGUCAGCUGCAUGGUCUGAAGAUGCCUGGAUUCUCCCUGACCACCUCACUGUGGAGAAUGUUGAUCAGUAA